UGGUCGAUCCUUCGCUUCUUCGUUCCGCUUCCACUCCAAAUCCAAGUCACACGCAUCAAGCUCUCCUUUCCAUUGCUCUUCCUCCUCCCCUUCCAAGUUCCAAUCGAUUACAGAGAUCUCAACUCCUUUUCAGUUUCUUCCCUGACACGCACACUCGAUCGUCGGUGAUCUUGAACUAAUCCGGCAAACAAAAAUGCAGCUCGCGAGCUGCGAACUCCCCGCCGCCGCCCGCUGUGCCGGCGCGGCAGCCGGCCGGUCCGGCCGCCGUCCUUCCUUGACGACGGCAGCGCCGGCAUUGACGGCCAUCAAGAAACCCGCCGCUGCGUCGCCGCCCCCGCGCGCCGUGCGCUGCCGCUGCUCGUCCUCCCGCCGCGACGACGACGCGGAGUUCGGCUGCAGCGGCGGGGGCGGGCUGGUGGACGAGGGGAUGGUCGUCCUCCGCCGGCGGAUCCACGAGAUGCGGGCCGCGGAGAGCAACUGGGAGCCCCCCGAGGAGUGGGCGGCGUGGGAGAAGGAGUGGUACGGCACCUACGACGCCGACGUCUGCGAGCUCGUCGGCGCGCUCCAGGCGUUCCUCGUGAGCUCCCGCCCCGGCGUCGGGGUGGGGCUCCUGGCCGUGCUCGUGCUCGCCGUGCCGGCCUCCGCCUUCGCCCUCGUCUCCCACCUCCUCGAUGCUUCACGGGCGAUCAUCACCAGUUUGCACCACUGAUCAAAUCUGACGACAAAAUCCUAUGCUUUGGUUGUUAUAUAUAUAUAUAUCUGAUUACGACAUGGUUCGUAUAUAUAUCACAUCGCCCAAAUGUAAUUAGCAAUCCUGCGUGUAUGCUUCACAUUGCUAGAAAUAAACAAGAAUAACAAGGU